CAGCUCAGGACACACUCGUCAGCUUCAGGACACACUCGUCAGCUUCAGGACACACUCGUCAGUUUCAGAGAGUUUGUCGAAGCAUCACUGUUUGACUCGAGAUCUGAGCGUGAGGCCUCCCAUGUGGGUCGUGGAGAGGCUGCGUGAGUCCAUGGACAGAUGCGGACCGCCUGUGCCUUCAGCGGAUUUCAAACAAAAACUCGGCGAGAUCAUGUUCGGCGAGAAAGUCCACAAGCCCAAACGGAUCUCCUGCCCCAACGUCAUCACGCCGGACAACAUCCCCGAGUUCUGCAUCCCGCCCACCUUUCCGUCCAGCCACCACAACCUCGAUCCGGGUCGAGUUCCGCGACUGGUCCAACCUGCGCCCAAAACGGACCUGGAACCGGCUCUGCAUGAAAUCUACAACCCUCAUAUAAUCCAGGUGGAGAGCGUGGACGAAAGCCCCGGAGACGUCUGCAGCGAUGAGGAAACUACAAACGCAGAUCCGCAAAGUCAAGCGGCGUUGUCUCUUCCGCAUUUGGCCAAAACGCAAACUUGCUACGGGUUCUGCACGUUACUGGAAAGCCCUCACACUCGCCGUAAGGAGUCGAUUUUCCACAACGACUCCGCUUCUCCGUUGCUCCUACCCAGAAGUCGAUCGAGUAUUUGCACUAAACUAUCCCCGACCUCUUCGCCGUGUCCGUCUCCGUCCUCCUUCAGCUUAAACCAGUUGUCUUCCAGGCUUUCCCCGCGAUCUUUUUCCUGGCAACCCGCCGUGGACAGCGACACGACGUCCUCAACGGAAUCCUCGCCCUUUAGCUCCCCGCUUCUGAACCGCUACCCGAAGUCUUCUCUUUUCAAAGCGUUGAGCCACGAACUGCUUCUGAGCCGGAACAUGAGGAAGGCGAUGGUGUCCCGGAACAACUCUCUGUCCACCGACGAAGGGAGUUCGACGGACAACAGCCCCAACGUGAUGAGGCGGGGGUCCGAGGUGUUGGCGGAGCUUCCCGGGAACUGCAGCCUGGCUCCUCCGGCGGUGUUCCCCUUAGACCUGAACCUGCACCGAGAGAGACUCAUGAAGGAAAGGAUGGUGCCGAUAGGAAAAGACGGAAGCUUAAGGUUGUUCGCGGAGUAUUGCCCCGAAAACCUAAGACUCCGAGUCCGUCUGAUCAGCGCGGAAGGUCUGUACCCUCUUUCCGUGGACCCUAAGAUCAUAAACUGCAGCGUGAGCCUGAGUCUGGUCCCGGGGAAAGUCCAGAAGCAGAGGAGCACGGUGAUCAGGAAGAGCCGGAACCCCAUUUUCAACGAGGACUUCUUCUUCGACGGCAUCACGGAGGAGGACUUGGAACACAGGUCGCUCCGGUUUAAGGUGGUCAACAAAAUGUCCACGUUAAAAAGAGACUAUCUGCUGGGCGACUGCGACCUGCUUCUGUCCAGCAUCGUCACGGCCUAA